AUGAAGACUGUAAUUUCCACUGCUUUUGCACGCGUUGGUGAGCUUGCUUGUCAGCAGGAUUCAUUCCUGCGUGAGAUAACCGCUCGUGUCGUAUCCUGCGAGGCUGCCGCUGUGAACAGAAACAAUAGUGGUGCCUCCGGUAAAAAGAGCAAAAGUAGCGGUACACAAGUGGAGCUGCCGCAAAGCUACGACGUGAUACUCACCGACUCUGUUCUGUUUCCCGACGGUGGUGGGCAACCGUGCGACCAUGGUGUUCUUAUCCGGCGAGAAACAAACGAGGAACUGCCGGUCCGUGUGGUUCAGCGGCGAGGUGAUUCGUGUGUGAUGAAUUUGCCGUGCAUGCUCAAAGUCGGUGAGGACGUCCAACUCCGGGUUGACUGGGACCGCCGUCUCGACCACAUGCAGCACCACUCCGCGCAGCAUUUGUUGACUGCUGUCGUUGAAGACCCCAGUUUCUGUGGUUUGCCAACAGUGUCGUGGGCGCUAACGCAGCCAUACUGUCAUAUCGUUCUUCCAACAGGAAAAAGGAUUGAGCCUGAGAUGUUGCAGCGAAUCGAAGAGCACUGCAAUCGUGUCAUUGCGCGGGCGGUUCCUGUACGGUGCAGAGUAUACAGCAGCAAAGAGGAGUAUGAAAACGACUUGCAGAGGGAGCCGGAGAAAAAUGACGACGGAGGAAGGCUGCGCGGCUCGCGACCCAUUCCUCCAGAUGUUGCGGGGCCCAUUCGUAUAAUUGAUAUGGAGGGUAUUGACUGUUGCACUUGUUGUGGCACUCACGUCACCAACUUGGCGCAGUUGCAAGUAUUGAAGCUCCUACACCAAGAAACCAAAGGAGAUACACUGAAACUGUUCUUCAUUGCAGGUGAACGCGUGAGGCGUUUCUUCGGCGACAUGUAUGGUCGCGAGAGGGAGCUAAUGAAAGAAAUGGGUGGCAUACGGCCUGAAGAUUUCGUUUCGGCAGCCAUUCGAAAGGGAAAAGACUUCGUGGAGCUGGAGAAACGAUUGAAGCACAUGACUCAAGAGCUUAUGAAACUGCGGAGCGAGAAACUUAUCGCAGAGGCAAAACAGUUGUCAGAAAACGGGAAGGGUGACAGUGCCAGUCACAGGCCUCCUGUUGUCGUUUACCGUCGCGAUGAUGUUGACGCAGAUUUCUUCAGCGGACUUCGGGAUGAACUGCGACAAGCGUGUCCCAACUGUGUCGGUGUCUUUGCUUGGGCAAUGGCUCCUCUAACCGCAGCCAAAACGGGGCAAUUUAUGAUUGUUGGCCCAACUGAAAGUGUAGAGGUUUUGGCGCCGGUUGUGUGUGCAGCUCUCGAGGGUAAGGGAGGCAUGUCGAAGUUUGGCUACCGUGGAAAGGGAAGCCUUUGCGCUUGGGAAGAUCUCGUGAAGGAGUUGACUUCCAAGGGGUAA